AGAUGGAGGCCAAGGGCUUGGCCUACCUCUGUGGGCGACUGGCAGCGGCCCUGCGAGCCCCCCGCGGCCUCGGGUUUGCUCUCAGUCAGUUUUACAAGAGUACAUCACAAGUCGCACCGGUUCACCAUUGUAGAUUUCUUCAUGUUUCUUCGUCAAGGAAAGGGCUGGAGGAAUUCUUUGAUGACCCCAAAAACUGGGGAGCGGAAACGGUCAAAUCGGGGGCUGCAUGGACCUGUGAACAAAUAAGAACCAAGAGUAAUGAAGAUUUACAUAAACUUUGGUACGUUCUUUUGAAAGAGAGAAACAUGCUUCUGACUUUAGAACAGGAGGCCAAGCGGCAGGUAUUACCAAUGCCAAGCCCGGAAAGAUUGGAAAAGGUGAUAGAGUCUAUGGAUGCAAUAGAUACAGUUGUUCAAGAAAGAGACCGGGCCCUGAGACUUUUGCAAACUGGGCAAGAAUAUCCACGACCGGGUGCCUGGAGGAGGAACAUAUUUGGACAGAUUAUUUGGCAUAAAUUCAAGCAGUGGGCAAUACCUUGGUACAUGAACCGAAGAUACAAUCGAAAACGGUUUUAUGCAAUGCCGUACACAGAGCCCUUACAAAGACUAAUGCUCGAAAAACACUUGGCCGCAGAAACUCGGAGAAAGAGCAGAGAAAAAAAGAGAGAGAAGGUCCUAGAGAGAAAAUUUCCGUCUUAUGCGGCAAAAAAAGCCAAGUUGAAGGCUGAGCUGGAAAACGCACCCGAGUUGAACAGCAGCAAGAGUUAAUACCCCCCUGCCCUACUUUUACGGAGUGGCUAACAUGCUGUUUUGAUAUUAAAGGAAAAAAGGA